AUUGACCUCCCUAAAUCUACUCUAUUUAAGCGACAUACCCCGACCCUAAUAAUCCAUCCCUCCGAUCCCAUCUCCAUCUACAAAAGACAGAGCUUUUUGUGAGGAAUUUUUGGGAUUUGUCGGAUUCUUGAAAAUGGGGAGUUUAACCCUCGAGAAUGGGAACGGAAACGGUGGGGCUUCCGGGUUAUGUACUGUGAAUGGUGGUGAUCCGUUGAAUUGGGGGGUGGCGGCGGAGGCGAUGAAGGGGAGUCACCUUGAUGAAGUGAAACGGAUGGUGGCGGAGUUUAGGAAUCCGGUGGUGAGACUGGGUGGGGAGACGCUGACGGUGUCGCAGGUUGCGGGGAUUGCCGCCAGUGAUAACGCGGCGGUGAAGGUGGAGCUGUCGGAGGCGGCGAGGGCUGGGGUGAAGGCGAGUAGUGAUUGGGUUAUGGAGAGUAUGAAUAAAGGUACCGAUAGCUACGGUGUCACCACCGGUUUUGGAGCCACGUCUCACCGGAGAACGAAGGAAGGUGGUGCUCUUCAAAAGGAGCUCAUCAGAUUCUUGAACGCCGGAAUCUUUGGAAACGCCACGGAAUCAUGCCACACACUUCCACAUUCGGCAACAAGAGCCGCCAUGCUCGUAAGAAUCAACACCCUCCUCCAGGGUUACUCCGGCAUCCGUUUCGAGAUCCUGGAAGCCAUAACCAAAUUCCUCAACACCAACGUCACCCCAUGCUUACCCCUCCGAGGCACCAUCACCGCCUCCGGCGAUCUUGUCCCCUUGUCUUACAUCGCCGGACUUCUCACCGGCCGCCCCAACUCCAAAGCUGUCGGCCCCAACGGAGAAAUCUUAAACGCCGAAGAGGCCUUCAGUCUAGCUGGUGUCGAUGGUGGGUUCUUUGAGCUUCAGCCUAAAGAAGGUCUAGCACUUGUGAAUGGCACCGCCGUGGGUUCUGGCAUGGCCUCCAUGGUUCUCUUUGAAGCCAAUGUUCUUUCUUUGUUGUCGGAAGUCAUGUCCGCCAUUUUCGCAGAGGUUAUGCAAGGGAAGCCGGAGUUUACAGACCACUUGACACACAAAUUGAAGCAUCACCCAGGCCAAAUUGAAGCUGCAGCGAUCAUGGAAUACAUUUUGGAUGGAUCUGAUUACGUUAAAGCUGCACAGAAGGUCCAUGAAAUGGACCCUUUGCAGAAACCUAAACAAGAUCGCUAUGCUCUGAGAACAUCGCCUCAAUGGCUAGGCCCACAAAUUGAAGUCAUCCGAUCAUCAACUAAAAUGAUCGAAAGAGAAAUCAACUCCGUCAACGACAACCCUCUAAUCGACGUUUCCCGGAACAAGGCCUUACACGGUGGUAACUUCCAAGGAACCCCAAUCGGAGUUUCCAUGGACAACACUCGCUUGGCCAUUGCUGCGAUAGGGAAACUCAUGUUUGCCCAAUUCUCAGAGCUCGUAAAUGACUUCUACAACAACGGAUUACCCUCAAAUCUCUCCGGUGGCCGGAAUCCAAGUUUGGAUUACGGGUUCAAAGGUGCAGAAAUUGCAAUGGCUUCGUAUUGCUCGGAGCUCCAGUUUCUUGCCAACCCCGUCACUAACCAUGUCCAAAGCGCUGAACAACACAACCAAGACGUAAACUCUCUAGGGUUGAUUUCUUCCCGGAAAACUUCUGAAGCUGUUGACAUCUUAAAACUCAUGUCAUCUACAUACCUGGUUGCUCUAUGCCAAUCCAUAGAUUUACGCCAUUUGGAGGAGAACCUGAAAGCCACCGUGAAGAACACCGUGAGCCAUGUAGCCAAGAAGGUCUUAACCAUGGGUGUCAAUGGCGAUCUCCACCCUUCAAGAUUCUGCGAAAAGGACUUGCUAAGAGUCGUUGAUAGAGAAUACGUGUUUGCAUACAUAGACGACGCUUGCAGUGCCACCUACCCAUUGAUGCAGAAGCUCCGACAAGUUCUGGUUGACCAUGCUUUAAACAAUGGCGAGAAGGAGAAAGAUGCAGGGACUUCAAUCUUCCAAAAGAUUGGGGUUUUCGAGGAGGAAUUAGAAGCCCUUUUGCCAAAGGAAGUGGAGAGUGUAAGAAGCGCAUACGAGAAUGGAAGCUUAGCAAUCCCUAACAGGAUCGAAGCUUGCAGGUCUUAUCCAUUGUACAGGUUUGUGAGGGAAGAACUGGGAACAGGGUAUUUGACAGGGGAGAAGGUUACUUCACCAGGGGAGGAGUUUGAUAAGGUGUUUACAGCGGUAUGCAAAGGGCUAGUGAUUGAUCCGUUGUUGGAGUGUCUUGAAGGCUGGAAUGGUUCUCCUCUUCCAAUUUGUUAA